AUGCCACACCUUCCUGAGAUUCUCCCUAGAGAGGGCGAGUCAACGAUUGUCUUCCCACCGGUUACCAGGGACCAUAUCCAAAAUUGUUCAUACGACGCCUGGUUCCCUAAAUACCGAAGCUCAUGUCUCAAGUCGCGGAUUAUACCUCUUCCACCGGCAUUUAUAUCAUAUCUGCAUGAAGACGGCAUCAUUCUCGCAGACGAUGACGAGGCCAAUGAGCCAGAGGAAGCAGAGUGGUCAAGCUCUGCCGCUACGCAUCCCCGAGUCUCUCAAUAUGACUCUUCCGAUGACGAGGAUGAGGAAGAGGAGGAAAGACUUCCUCCCAACAAGCGCUUCCCGGAGAUGCACGAAGUCAUCAGACAGAAAAUCGCCGAGCUGGGUGGUUCCGUCGCGCCGAAGCUUAACUGGUCCUCUCCAAAAGACGCCAAAUGGAUAUCACCUCAUCAAAACACGCUCAAAUGCACCACUCCAAACGACAUUUAUCUCCUCUUGAAGUCGUCUUCUUUCGUCUCGCAUGACCUUCUUCAUGCAUUCGACGACUGCACAGAUACUCCGCCAAUGAGACCGUUCACGCCGGUUCUUGUCCUUAGACCUUUCUUCACGCCUCAUGUUGCUCUAGAAUUUAGGUGUUUUGUCAAGCACCGGUCACUCAUUGGAAUUACGCAACGGGAUCUCAACCACUACGACUUUCUGGAAAGGCUUCAGGCACAGCUGUGGAAGAAGAUCAGGACGUUCUUUCGCCAGAAGUUGAGAUUGACGUUUCCCGAUUCCUCCUUUGUCUUUGACAUUUAUAUCCCUGGAAACACCUUUGCAGAAGAUGGCUUGGGAAAGGUGAGACUCAUUGAUAUUAACCCAUGGGCCCCAAGCACGGACAGCCUUCUCUUUGCAUGGGAGGAGCUUCUCACCAUGGAAGUUGAGAGUCCCUUGUACGGAUCCGUUUCGGAGGGCCAGGACGCAGAUGGGAGUGGAGGGGAGACAACGGCAGAUGAGACGGAUGACGAUGCGGAUGCCGAGUACAGCCCAGAUCGCCAGCCAGAAGUCCGCCUCGUCAGGAAGAACGACCCAGAAGCGUACAACUUCAGCUCACCACAGUACUCUGCUCACAAGCUUCCCAAGGAGGUUGUUGAUGCCAGUCUUGCAGGAGAAGGGGGCCUGAGAGAGUUUGCCCAGCGAUGGAAGGAGAUUACUGAGGGCCGCGGCCAGGGAAUCUGGGAGCAGCCGAGCAACCUGAAUGCUAGCACGUAA